AAAUCGAACACGUUUUCCUUUUUCCCUUUCCGUGACUCAGAGAAGUCGGACAUAUGCUAAAUGUGAUCAAUUAGUGACGAUGAUUUCGGGGAAAACUGAAAUAUUUUAUAAGCCGUCAUUGGGGAACAUUUCAAGGAAACGUUGUAGCAAAUAGUGUGACUUAAAAAACCUCCCCGAUUCGGAGUUAAAAGCAUUUUGAAGUGGAUUUGUGCAACUGCCCCCCUCCCAUUCAUACACGUGUGGACAAGUAUCUCGUACGAUUCAACGAAUUUCAAGAAAAAAUGGGACGUGUGCGACAUAGAAACGCCAACCGAGGUGGCAUGAAGAACAACAAGAAGAUGAAGACCAAACGUCGGAGUAAGGACGUCGAUCAGGUCCACGAUGACUUGAAACCAGAAAAGGCUUCUGCAUUGAUGAAUCAAGAUGUCGACCUCGAUAUGCCUGGAUCAGCCCAGCAUUACUGCCUUCACUGUGCUCGGUAUUUCAUUGACUCCCAUGCUCUUAAGGAGCACUUCAAGUCGAAGGGACACAAGAGGAGACUCAAAGAACUGAAGACGGAGCCGUACACACAGAAGGAAGCAGAGGCAGCGGCAGGAAUGGGGAGCUACCGCCCGCCUAAAACUGUGGAACAUGUUCCUUUUGUCACAGAAACGAUGGACGAGAAAGAAGAUUGAGGAGACUUUAGUGGCAUGAACAUGGCUUUCUGUGACUAGCAUAUCGGCUAUCUCCAUGCACCAGUUGAAAUUUUCAUGAUGAUCAAGAAGUUACAAUGUACUUGUCUUUCUGGCAUCGGCCUUUCGAUAAAUUCCUGAGAUAGCAAGGGAGGGAGAGCCUCUCUCACCAUGCUUUGUAAUACUAAUACUCAACGACGUUGGUGGACUAUAUAUUGUUCAUCCAUAUAUGAGUUAUCAAGUAGAAAGUUGGCCAGACAAGGCCACAGAUACCAGCAAUUUCUUGUCUGGAAAAUACCUCUAUUGUUGAUGUGAUUUUGUCUUCCGUUGUCAUCAAUGAUUCAAUGCAUUCAUUGUGUUACGUAUUACAUGACAUGCCAAAUGAUUUAGAUGUAUGAUGGGUUGAUAUGAAAAUCAUUUCAUAACCUCAGAAUUAUUUUAUUAAUGAAUAUGUUCUCAGUUAUUAAAUACCAAUAGACAUGUGUUCCUGUUUGUAUUUGAGAUUGGUAACUUGCUUACCAAAAAUGACUUGUGUUGCACCUUGUAGUUGUACAUUGCAAGCGAUGUAACAGAUCAUCUGUCACUGUUUUGAACAGUGAUCUGCAGUAUCAAAACUUGGCAGAAAUUGACAUUUGUUCUAAGAAUACCUGAUAAAUUCCUCUCCAGAGAGGUUUUUGGUCAUCUCUACUUUAUCAAUGUGAAAAUAAAGCUAAGUAAAUGUAAAUUAUACAAUGUAAAUUUGUGUAACAGCUUCUGACUACAUGUACACUCAUGCAUAUCCUUUCCUAGAAUGCUAUCUGAAAAAGAGCAUGCAUAAGUCAAAGCUAGUAAAGACAAACAGCACAAACA